AUUCAAAUGGAAAAGAUCUUCCAAGUGUUUACAGUGAGUGCUGAGGAAUUUCAGAAUGAUGAGAAUCCCAUUCUGGAAACAAGAACAGACAGAGAUACCACAACUCAAACAAGUUCUGGAGGAUAUGAAUGAGAGACACUCAAAGACUGCAGUUAAAGACUAUAUAUCUGGAGUCUAUGGGAUCCUCUCUUUGAUCAAAGCGGCCAACUCCAACGACUCGACGAUGGUUGAGAUGAAAUCAAACAUGUACCAACUGCUAAAGGAUUCACUGGAGGAGCAGCUUUCUACCAUCACAUCCCUCAUGACAAAACAUUACAACGACCUUAAAAAACUCCUGUCAGAGGGAGUUGCCAAUUCAAAAAAAUCAUGCUUGCAGAUUGCCAAGGAGAAAGUAAUCACACCAGAGGCAAGAAAGGAUGGCAGAGGAUACCAUCGUACAUUGUCAUCUUUAUGCAGGAAUAAGGGGUUCUGUAGGUCAACAAAUGGAGACAUCACAGACCUCAACAAAACGUUGGCUGAAUCUAUGUACGCUGCCAUAAAUGAGAAAUUUGCUGUAAUUUUCCCAAAUGCUGGAACAACAGGAGAAUCAAUCUAUAAGAAGAUCUGCAACUUCAGCAUCAUCUCAGACAACAUGGCCAAGGAGUGGGAGAACACCCCCAUGUCUCUGUAUCUGAUGUUUCUCACCACCGAGGAAAAUUUUUUGAAGGAUAAACUAAAACGAGAUGUCCUCCUGAGGAAGAAAGUGAUUUAUGAAUCUCUGACUGACGAAGUCCAGAUCAUAAUGUGCCCAUGUUAUGAGGAGGCUUCAAAGAUAUCUGGAAAGGGAACCUUGAAGAAGACUCAGGAACUCCUGGUCAAGCACAUCGACUCAUCGAAAAACCCCAUGUUUGACAAUGCUCAGAAAAAGAUGUUGGAAGGUUUUGAGAACCUGAGGGAAUACAUUGAGCAGACGCUGAGAACCGAACUACUGGAGUCAUUGAAGCGGUCCCUGAAGACACCUAACAGUUUAUCUCUCCCAGAUGUCAGUGAGCAGUUGGAAAACAUGGAGACCUACAAGAUGUUGGCUCUAAGAGAGCGCACAAGCCAAAUCUGACUGUUGAGAAGAGUCAUAAAGCAGAAGUAGUGACAUGAUGGUAAACCAUUCAAAACCCUUGGCUAUAAAAAUGUAUCACAUUUUCAGUAGCUUAUUUAUCAGUAGUUGUUCGUAUCAGAAGUUUUGCCGUAGUUAUUAAUGUUAUGUUUGCUGACGUGAUGAACGUGGUAUAAGCAGGAUAAACAUUUAGGGUCUAUCAGUGCUCUGAUAAAAAUGCAGCUUUGCUGAAGAAGCACCAUGAUGCUCAGAGAACUCAUAGCUCCUAGGUUUUGAUUCCUUACACAUUUUAUGCUCAAUGUGUUGAUCCUUUACAUAUUCUAUACUCAAUGUGUUUAUCCCUGCCAUAUUCUAUACUCAAUGUGUUGAUCCCUUACAUAUUCUAUACUCAAUGUGUUGAUCCCUGACAUAUUCUAUACUCAAUGUGUUGAUCCCUUACAUAUUCUAUACUCAAUGUGUUGAUCCCUGACAUAUUCUAUACUCAAUGUGUUGAUCCCUGACAUAUUCUAUACUCAAUGUGUUGAUCCCUGACAUAUUCUAUACUCAAUGUGUUGAUCCCUGACAUAUUCUAUACUCAUUGUGUUGAUCCCUUACAUAUUCUAUACUCAAUGUGUUGAUCCCUUACAUAUUCUAUACUCAAUGUGUUGAUCCCUUACAUAUUCUAUACUCAAUGUGUUGAUCCCUGACAUAUUCUAUACUCAAUGUGUUGAUCCCUGACAUAUUCUAUACUCAUUGUGUUGAUCCCUUACAUAUUCUAUACUCAAUGUGUUGAUCCCUUACAUAUUCUAUACUCAAUGUGUUGAUCCCUGACAUAUUCUAUACUCAAUGUGUUGAUCCCUGACAUAUUCUAUACUCAAUGUGUUGAUCCCUGACAUAUUCUAUACUCAAUGUGUUGAUCCCUGACAUAUUCUAUACUCAUUGUGUUGAUCCCUUACAUAUUCUAUACUCAAUGUGUUGAUCCCUUACAUAUUCUAUACUCAAUGUGUUGAUCCCUUACAUAUUCUAUACUCAAUGUGUUGAUCCCUGACAUAUUCUAUACUCAAUGUGUUUAUCCCUGACAUAUUCUAUACUCAAUGUGUUUAUCCCUGACAUAUUCUAUACUCAAUGUGUUGAUCCCUGACAUAUUCUAUACUCAAUGUGUUGAUCCCUGACAUAUUCUAUACUCAAUGUGUUGAUCCCUGACAUAUUCUAUACUCAAUGUGUUGAUCCCUGACAUAUUUUAUACUCAAUGUGUUGAUCCCUGACAUAUUCUAUACUCAAUGUGUUGAUCCCUGACAUAUUCUAUACUCAAUGUGUUGAUCCCUGACAUAUUCUAUACUCAAUGUGUUGAUCCCUGACAUAUUCUAUACUCAAUGUAAACAAAUAAAUUGGUAUUAUUUUGUUGGGUAACUGAUCGGCACUCAGAACUCAUUAAGAGGUGGCUUCUAUCUUCAAUAUAAUCAUUCAUUCAGAAGGUUAAACACAAAAUGGUGCAGUUUGAGGCCAUGUGGUGGAGAGUGAUGUGGGCGCUGGAGAUGGGGGUGUGAGCAGAUGGGUCUGGGCACAUGUUAUGUAGUUGUCGUUUGUAUGUGUAUGUUUGGUAUUGUUUAUAAAGAUAAAAUAAAAUGACAAGCUUGCAACGCG